AUGAAAGAGAUGGAUAUUGAGAAAUCUGCAUAUAUUCAUGAAUCAAUUCGAUAUGUAGAAGUCAUAGAACAUCGGAAGGGAAUACCUGCUUUUCGAGAAGACAUUGCUUUGGUGAGAGCUCUAGCGAUUUUGGCCGUCUUGUCAUUUCACUUUUGGCCAACAAUUUUCCCAUCUGGUUAUCUUGGAGUCGAUAUAUUUUUCGUUAUCUCUGGCUAUUUAAUGAUUGUAGUACUUGAAAGAUCAGCGAAAAUGGCGCCGUUACAGAUGUUCAUCGAUUUUUAUUAUAAACGACCAUUUGGGCACAAAGACAUUUCGUCAACACUAUUAGCGUUAAAUCUAAAAAUGGUGUCAAUCGAUGGAGAUUAUUUUGAACAAAUCAAUGAAGAGACGCCAUUCCUCCAUUUCUGGUCACUCUCCGUCGAGAUGCAGUUCUAUCUCAUUGCACCGAUCAUUUUUCUUUGCUCGAAAAUGAGAAUCAAUGACUAUCAUGUUGGUCCGCUGAUACUAAUUGUGAUACUACUCGCAUCGUUGAAAUUUCGCCUUGAAUCCACCCCAAUCACCGCUUUCUACAAUCCAUUCACAAGACUUUGGCAAUUUCUCCUUGGAAUGCUAUCUUCCAUCUUUGCACUUAAACAAGAAGCUACUGAGCAAAACCAGAAAAUCGAAGCUCUUGCUGCUAUAUUUUUCUGGCCGAUUUUCCUCGUUUUCCUGCCAUUUAAUUCGAUGAAUGAGAAGUGGAUGCAGAUUUUUGUUACUGUGACAGCCGGGCUUUUCAUGGCAAUAGCGCCAGCAAGGUGGGAAUUCAUUGAUUCACAGGAU